CAAGGAGGUAAAAGUACAGAUCAAAGUUUAUAACAAGAUGUCGAAAGUAAUAAUACAAUGAAGAUAACGACCGGCACAGCAAUAGAAUAAAGAAAUGUGUCCGCAAAGGUGAUAUAAGAAGAAAAUGGCCAUCUACAAACUGCCAUUACACAUUUGCAACUCAAUAAAGCAGUACUGGAUAUCAAAUGUAUCAAAUUUAAUAACAAAAUUACUGAAAGUUAUACAGAGUAGAACAGUGAAAUGGAGAUGCAAAUUAGAAUCUCAGGAGAAGCUUACCUUAAUAGUACUAUUAGUUUUGCUGCUAAGUGUUAAUUCAAGUGGUAACAGUUAUAGUGGUGGUAGGAAUUCGAUGCUAAGGACCAGAAUUAUAGGUACUAGAUACGGUAAAUUACAAGGUGUUAUACUCCCUAUGGAUCAACAUAAGUAUUUAAAACCUGUGGAGGCUUAUUUAGGAGUCCCCUAUGCAACACCACCCACAGGAUCAAAUAGGUUUGCUCCAACUCGAGCUCCAGCACCCUGGGACGACGUAAGAACCGUAGAUCAAAUGGGACCAGUCUGUCCGCAAAGGUUACCAGAUAUUUCAAACGAGACGAUUACUUUAGAGAAAAUGCCAAAGGGAAGACUGGAAUAUCUAAGACGAUUGUUGCCAAGGCUAAAAAAUCAAAGCGAAGAUUGUUUGUAUAUGAACAUAUAUACGCCAGUACAGGUUGGGCCGACACUAUUAGCGAAGUAUCCAGUAGUUAUAUUCAUUCACGGAGAGUCGUUUGAGUGGAAUUCCGGCAAUGUGUAUGACGGUGCCGUGCUAGCGAGCUAUGCGGGCCUUGUGGUCAUCACUAUCAACUACCGCCUUGGAAUUUUGGGGUUCCUCAAUGCAAAUCCAAUACCGCAUCUAAAGGCGCGAGUGGCGAACUACGGUUUAAUGGACCAAAUCGCAGCAUUACACUGGGUGCAGCAGAAUAUAGCGCUGUUUGGUGGAGACCCCGGAAACGUGACAAUGCUGGGCCAUGGUUCGGGCGCUGCGUGUAUCAACUUCCUCAUGAUCUCACCUACAGUUGUGACUGGUCUUUUCCAUCGAGCAAUUCUACUGUCUGGCUCAGCACUGAGCUUAUGGGCCCUUGUAGAAGACCCCGUCAGCUUUUCCGUCCAACUUGCUAAACAAUCCAAUUGCACAAUCCCAGAGGACGUCGUUAAGGAUCACGAGCUAAUCGUCGACUGCCUUAGAGAAGUACCCCUUCAAGAACUGAUGUCCGCGGAAAUUAAUACACCCAGUUACCUCACAGCUUUCGGGCCAUCUGUCGAUGGUGUGGUAGUAAAGACUGAUUAUGCAAAAGAGUUACUAACUUACUUCAUACCGAACGACCUCCAAGGAUUCACCAGCGUAUCCGGCGUAAAUAACAUCAAGGCGGACAAAAGAAGUGGAGAUAGGAUAUUCGGGAUAAGAGGCGGGCAGAAUAAAUAUGAUCUGCUAUUUGGCGUGGUAACGAGUGAGGCUCUCUGGAAAUUCUCGGCUCAGGAUAUACAAAACGGUUUCGAGGGUGAAAGGCGGGACAGAAUAAUAAGGACUUACGUAAGAAACGCCUACACAUAUCAUUUGAGUGAAAUAUUUUUCACCAUAGUCAACGAAUACACAGAUUGGGAGAGGACAGUUCAGCAUCCAAUCAACACCAGAGAUGCAGCAGUGUUAGCACUGUCGGAUGCCCAGUACGUCGCUCCACUGGUACAGACAGGCGAUUUCCUCAGUGUAAGCAAGAGCUCUGUAGGAUCUGGGCCAAACACAUUCUUCUACGUGUUCGAUUAUCAAACGAAAGAUGGAGAUUAUCCUCAGCGUAUGGGUUCCGUACACGGGGAAGAGCUGCCGUAUUUAUUCGGCGCGCCAUUAGUGGAGGGACUUGGCCACUUUCCCAAAAACUACUCCAAGUCUGAAGUGGCCUUAUCUGAAGCGUUUAUCCUGUAUAUAGCUAAUUUUGUUAGGACUGGAAAUCCAAACGAGGCGCAACGGCAAGAAGCCGUGCUUCCAAUAUCUAGAGAGCGAAACAAAUUCAAGAGCAUAUUUUGGGACGAAUACGAUACACUACAUCAGAAGUAUUUAGAAAUAGGGAUGAAGCCCCGCAUGAAAAAUCAUUACCGAGCCCACCAGCUGUCCGUUUGGUUGCGGCUAAUCCCGGAAAUCCAUCGCGCCGGGAUGAAGGACGUCGUCGCGAAACACAACCUAUUCCGUAACCACAACGACCCGGAACUGUACGACGGCUUAGUGCGGCCCGAUCCCCUCACACGGUCCAACUUCUACGACCCGACGCUCGAACUGUAUCGCCGGCCGUACAACGUUAGCCUCGACAUACCUACAACUACCAUCGAGACUUACGUAACCACUUGCAUCAAUGUCAUGUCGCCCCGACCCGACUCACUUGUCACUCAAAGCCAGACCAACAAUUCUCGCCCUCAAGACGUAUCCAAUUCAGAGGCAGCCGGCUAUACAGCCUAUUCCACAGCCCUAAGCGUCACAAUAGCUAUAGGCUGCUCGCUAUUAAUCUUAAACGUACUUAUCUUCGCCGGAGUUUAUUACCAAAGAGAUAAGACAAGAUUGCAAGUGAAAGCGUUACAGCAGCAAAAGAGGAAUCACAAUUCAACGUUUGAUAGCGUCUCGUCGAAACAUCCACAUUAUUUCGUCGGCCACUCUCAAAGUUCGAGCACGAUUGUCGACAUCGAUCAUCAGGACAAGAACGCAAUUAUAGCUAUGACGAAUCGAGUUCCGCACUUCACGAAUUCCAACUGUCCGAAUGUAUGUCACACAGGAAUUCAAAUGUCCAGUUUGACGCAAAAGUCUAGUCCGACUAGCAGAGGACAGUGCACGACUUUGCCGAGAAAAGUCGGCUUCAGCUACCAAAAUCAGAUUUGCAACGCGUCGAAUUGUAUGACGUUACCAAAGAAUGCUACUUUUAUGAGCGGUGCGAACUUGCCUGACGUACAGGCUCAAACCGGUCAGCUGCAAACGCCAGGGAACGGAUCGGUUCCCUCGUCAUCCCCACCGUCACAGCACUUCUCGCAGAAAUCCCGGGUCCCUCAAGCGGCCAUGUCCGAAAUGAACGUAUGAGAAAUGGAGGAUAUUUACAAUUAUGUCUAAAGUGAAAGUGAAUAUCGUGAAAUGGACACGUGUUAACAUUGCUGGCACUCAACAACACAUAGUUGUGAAUAUCAUGUGAAAAUACCGUGUAAAUAAACUGUAAGUUUGGAAAGUAACAGGUACGUUUUAAGGUUUAGAUAAUAUGUAUCAUGAUUAAUAUUACAUCAUUCGUAUGUACGUAUAUUUAAUGAG